AUGCCGGGAGUAACAAUGGUCGCUUCUCGAGGAGCUAACUCCAGCUCUCUCUGGCGCUCUCGCACCCUUCUCUCAUCCCCACUCGUUGUUCCUUCUUCGGCUCGUUUUCUGUCGUUCAAUAGUCGUUCGAUUACUCCCUACAAUGGCCGACCCUCGGCAAAUACCAGCGCUUCGAUGUCGCGUCUACUAUGCAGGGUGACCACCAACAAGUUAUCCUCCUCAUUCUCGACAUCUUCAUCCUCGCUGUUACCCGAAAACUGGGACGAGAAUCCGAACUUGUCAAUCACGAAUUUCUCGGAACUUCCCUCCAAGGAUUUUGGAGUCAACCAGCACAUGAUCAUAAACCAAGACUUCAAGGAGGCAUUGCGAAUGAUCCUUUGGCAGUUUAAAGCACCAAUCCGAUACGCAUUUGCUUAUGGGUCAGGUGUAUUUCCUCAAAAUGGCAGCGGAGCUCCGUCCAGCUCAUUACACCCCUCGGCACCCACAGCCAUCCAAAAUAUGCAAAAGGGGUCCGGGAAGAUGAUUGAUUUCAUUUUUGGAGUGUCGUACUCCCAGCAUUGGCAUGAUAUCAAUCUGCACCAACAUCGUGAUCAUUAUUCUGGGUUGGGUUCGCUGGGGUCGUACACGGUCUCCCAAGUACAGGACCGCUUCGGCGCGGGUGUCUACUUCCAUCCUUAUAUCACCGUGAACGGGACAAUGAUCAAAUAUGGCGUGGUGAACCUGGAUACGUUAUGUCGGGACCUCACCCAGUGGGACACCAUGUAUCUCGCAGGCCGUUUGCAAAAGCCUGUCAAGAUCUUGCGGGAUCACCCGAAGGUACGAUUGGCCAACCAGAUGAACUUGUUGUCUGCUUUGCGAGUCGCAUUGUUGUUACUGCCAGAAAGAUUCAGUGAGUUCGAGUUAUAUAGCACAAUUGCAGGUAUGAGCUACAUGGGAGAUCUACGCAUGGCCCUCCCCGCCGAGGACCCCAGCAAAGUGCGAAAUAUUGUUUCAGGACAAAUGGCACACUUCCGUCGCCUCUACGCACCACUCAUCGAAAAUCUCCCCAAUGUCACUUUCCAGGACCCCCGCUGCAGCAAUGACGACUGGAUCGAUGACCCAAACGCGAUCUUAGCCAUGGCGCAAGAUAUGGAUCCGGUCAUGCGUGGUAACAUGGUUCGUCGUCUGCCUGAAUCUUUCCGACAAAAGUUGUACUUCCAGUACCAGUCUCGCUUUGGGAUCCCUCGAGCCGAUUUCAAUAAGAUGGUUCAGGAGAGCAAGGAUUCCGACGAGGUCCUUCGCCGGCCUCAAGGCGGUUCGUUUGAGCGACGGAUUGCCGGGGAUGAUCACCUCCAGGAGGAGGUCGCCAAAUCCAUUGAGAAGACAAUCCGCUGGCCCAGCACUGUCCAAACGAUCAAGGCACCGUUCACAGCAGGCCUUGGUAAGAGUUGGACUUAUAUCAUGGAAAAACGUGAUAAGCACAAGAAGUCUCAGAUGGCAGCCGCUUCAGCACUUGAGUCCGCCCCUGGAGCGAAGAAACCCACUCAAGAACCGAAGCCAUUAGAGCCAAAGGAGACAAAGAAAGAAUAG